AUGGCUUCAAGUAGCCAUACAGGAUUUGAUCUAAAUAAAGAGUAUGCCCAUAUAAGUUUGGAAGAAGAGGAGGAGGGGAUCUUGAUUGGGGAUGAUAAUGAGGGAGAAGAGGUGGCUUUUGAUGAUCGAUGGUGCCUAGUAGGUAAGUUCUUGACGGGUAGAACGCUAGAUUUCGAUGCUAUGAGGCACAUGAUGGCGUCUCUUUGGCAACCGGGGAAGGGAGUCUAUAUCAAAGAAUUGGACACCAAUAGAUAUCUAUUCCAAUUUUAUCAUGAAAUUGAUGUUCAAGUAGUUAUUGAUGGUAGCCCAUGGACGUUCAAUAGGAUUCCACUGAUUUUUCAUCGUUUGAAGAGAGGGGAGGACCCGAAGUUGGUUCGGCUGCAUCAUCUUAAUCUUUGGGUUCAGAUUCAUAACUUGAAGACUGGGUAUAUGCUUGAAGAAGUGGUUCGAAGGGCAGGGGAUUAUGUUGGAAAGUUUGUUAAGAAUGAUCCUAAGAAUUUUAAUGGAAUUUGGAGAGAAUACCUUCGGGUACGGGCGACUGUUGAUAUUGAGAAACCAUUAAAACGUAGAAUGAAGCUCUGUAAGGAUAAUGGUGAUUGGAUUUGGGCAAACUUUAAGUAUGAACACAUCCCAACUUUUUGUUUUGUAUGUGGUUUAAUUGGCCAUGCAGAACGACUUUGUCCCCGAAGAUUCGAUGAAGAUUUCAAUCCACUCGUCAAGCCUUAUGGGAACGGUAUGCGUGCUCAGACAAGGAGAAAGAACUACUUGAUUGGAGCUCAAUGGCUUCGGACCGGUUCUGAACAGCAAGAAACGAUCGACGGCGAUGGUGAUGAACGACACUCUGGUGUGAACGUGACAUAUCCGAUUGGGGCAAAAAUCAUGGAGAUUGAUUCUAUCAAUCAGGGAGGAGAGAUUACGUCCAUGAUUGCAGGAAAAAAUAAGAGUGUUAUUGUUGGUAGUAAUGGCCAUAAUGAAGAUAUUUCUGAAGGAGAAAAAGGUGGCAAGAAUAAUGGGAAGGUGGUUGAUUGUGAUGAUGAGCUGUUAAUUCUAUUAGAUAGCAAAAGGAGGCGUAGAGACAUGGUGCAAGCCUCACGUGCUUCAGAGUUAGUUGAGAGUGAGUUGGGCCAAGAUAAUAUGGGCAGUAUUGGAUCAAAAAACGAUUUGAAGGUGGGCCUUGUCUCUCAGGCCCACCAGUCAUCAUGA